AUGCUUUCACGCGGCACGAGCAGCGCUUCGCAACAGCCUCGACGAGCCAAAUCAACCCCAUCGAUCAGGCCUCGAUCAAUUAUUCCCACGUCACCCACCACAAACAAUGCCGAGACUACACAUCAGGAAGCUCUUACUGCUGCCAACCUUGCCUUCGAACGCGCGAAUGAGCGCGAGAUGGCCAAAAAAGCCCCCAAUGGGCAAGACACAACCUCCAUAGCGAACAAAGAUGCUGGGCCAAGGCUUGGGAGGAGGCAGAGUGUCCGUUUCGCAGGACCAACAGCUAUACCAUCACGGAAUCGCUCUAUCACUCGUAGAGAGGCCCCUGGCUCCAGGACAAGCCACAAUCCUUACGAAAGCCAAUUGCAGUCCCGGUCUCGGAACAUCGAGCCCUCCAUCUACUCUGAUGAAAGGGCAUCGACCGCCUUAGCUCAGCCAAUUGGAGAAUUCGGCGAAAGCGAUAAUGCCUCUGUCCCCUCAUCGUACCGAAGGCUCCGAAAAGCGAAGUCGAUGUUUAGCCCCGGCAAGACUCCGUCUGCGGUCUUCGGUGAUGGUAUACCGUAUAGCAGGCGUCACUUUCAUCGUCAAUCACUCCAAUCUUCCGAUGCUUACCACGAGCCGCUCCAAGUGCCUGAUCCUCGCCUACGAAAGUCGUACUCCUUUUUCCGUGGUGUUACGGAUCGCAUAUCAACCAGUAGUCAGCAGUACGUCGCCAACGAUGCAGCUGUCCAGCUUGCCCGAGAUCAGUAUCUUCGUCAAUUAGAGCAACAGAGGUUGAAAGAGCAACCGUCGUUCCUUGGCCUUGGCAAUCGUCGCAAAUCCCAAAAAGGGUUCCGUAGGACUGUUCGUACCAGUAGCACCAACAGCUACGGUAGUGCAAUAGCGUCUCCAUUGGCGUCUGUGGAACCACCGAAGAAUAAAGAUCUUGGCCACAGAGCCAGGAACCUGUCCCAGACGAUCAAAAAGAAGUUCAAGCGGGUGUUCAAGCGACAUCCAGACGCCGAAGAUACGAUUCCCGUGCAGCAGAUCAAGGCAACCCACCCUCACUAUGGGGACUACAUCUCGACAUCCGAUGGCAAAGAGCAGCGUUAUCCACCUGUGCCGGAACCCGACGCUGAGCUCCUCCUUCGCGUGGGCUCUCGAGAAUCAGUAAUGUAUACUACGCCAAAUUUCGUUGACAAGGGUGCUCGCCCAGGUAGCAUCCGAAGCGCCCAUAGCGAUGACGAUGAAAGCAACGGCAAAUCAAGGGUCACUAGUUGGACGGAUUCCACAGCUGCAAACACGAUCAACAUGCCGCAAACAUUAGAAAGGAAGCGCCUUUCAAUCAUAAAGGAAGAUGGAGGUCCACAUCAGCCAUCGUCUUCUGCUCGCCAGUAUGAGGAGGGCAACAAUGGGUAUGCAAGCUUCCGUCAACCAGUGAGGCAAAGUAGUGCAGGCCGUGUAAGUGGUCCAAUAGACCCGCAUAGGAUUUUCUCUGCGCUGCAAAAGAAGAUCGACCAAAACAACCGCGAGGCCGCUCUGGACGAUAGUGAGCCAGGGACCGAUAGCAGCUCCAGCCAUCACAAGGCUCGGCUGUCUACGCGAGCUCCCAGAAGAACAUCAAGCAUCCGCAAGGGCGCUAAAGCCAAAUCCAACUCUCGUUCAGGUUCUCGUGGGGCAAAGGUAUCAAAUUCCGUGAUCUUCAGUCCCUCUGCGAUGGAAUCUUUCAACGAUAAUUUCUUACAAUAUGAGAGCCAGAGUACUAAUAAAAGUUACCAGCAGCAAGGCUUUUCGGACUUAGGAAAGGGUCUCACACAAGAACGGAUUGCGGAGAUGAAUGAGCGUGGGAUUCAGCUACCAAAAAGACCCCUCCACGAAGUGAAAUCGGCGUUUUUCCCCCCAUCUAUGCGCAUCGAAAGAAGCAACCCAAGCCCAUACAGACGUGCAAUGCACGCAAGCAGUGAGACCGAAGCUGACUCUCAAAUCCGCAUCAAUUUUGAGGAUCGUCCGCAAUUGGAGGGCCCCUCGAGUGCUGUUACCGGCCGGCUACGCAAUGAUAGCGUCACUGGAUCGGACAGUGUCUAUUCUAGAUCCUCAGGUGGCGAUACACCGAAGGCAAAUAGAAGCUCGAUCUCGCUUGCCAUGUCCGAGAGCAGUGGUGAAGCUGGGACUGCUAUCAUCAUUACGGGUCAACCUGGCAAGAACGAGCGGUCAGCUCAUCCUGUCGUUAUCCAGCAUGGAUACUCAUCCGAAGCGUCAAGUGGAAAUUGGAGGAAUUUUAUGGCUACGCAGGUGGCUUCCCUCGAAGAUUAUGGGACGCGGCAGGAACAAACGUAUGACGCGCAUCCAGUCAAAGACAGCGGCCACAGAAGGGAAUAUGCACAGGUUGAUAGUAACGACGUAAACAUUGGUAGACUGCAGUCGCCAACUGAUAUCCUCAAGCAGCCUCUCGCGAUCAUCCAAGGCAACUCCAACCUUUUAAAAGCGUCGAAGCAUAAGGUUUCUCGCUCGCUGGAUAGGUCACCUCUUAUGAAUAUUCGCCAUUCAGCUAAUGCAGGUAACGUCCAACAAAACGAUAACGCUCCAUUGAGUAGAGCUUCUGAGAAUUCGCGUAAAAUUUCAAAAGUGGAGAGUGAGAGACGCUCUCUCAGUCGAGUCCACGAACCAUCCGGGGGCCUACGGCAGAAAAAUUCACACUCGUCUCUCAAAAUGCAGACAGAACAAAGGCACUCGCCUACCACAGCCAAUAUCCGGUAUAGCCCAGAAAGGGUAGAACGCCUUCGCCGGUUGAAAAGCAGUAGCGGCACGUCUUUGGGAAAGUGGUCACCUCGGAACGAAAAUCAAGCAUCUCGUCACACACCACCUGGCGAAAAGGACUACGAUUCGGACAGUCCUGCCCCAAGUUCAGACGUUCCCCAAACCCAAGCCGGGAACAACCACAAGUUGGUUGACAGCUUCUUGAAAGGUCGCAGGAGUGUGAUGAGAAUUAGUGAAGAGAGUGGCACUGAUCCUGCUUUUUUAUAG